CAUUAGACGAUCUUUGCAAACAUCCAGCAGCUAGACAUUAGCCGCUGGCAUAUGGAGGGAUCCCGCGGCUGCGGCAGUGGUACCCACUGUCAUUCUCUGAACCGUGAAGCGGUCUCAAAGAUGACUGACUUCAUUUAAAGGAAUCAGCCUGGAAAAACCUACAAAUAGGAAGCGCAAAACCGCAAGAAGCUAAUCAGACCGCUUUCAGGUGUUUAUCGCUAUUUACUCGUCCUUUAACGGCGCUCUGACAGCGCAACAUCACCACCAGCAGUCGCAGUCAUAAACUGACAGGUAUGUCUGCGUCCACCGCGCGAGACACCGUCGUUAAAAAGAAGCACGUUCGCUUCGCCAGCAUGGAGGACGACGACGACAACGACGACCAGGAGGAGGACACUCUGUUUGACAAGCGGAAGGACACGGGGAGAGGGCUGAAGAGUGCGCUGAAGGCAGUCAAGAGGACGGCGAAACCGGUCUGCGACGACCGGGUGGAAGUGGUCGGCGGAAGGAGGAGCGGAUAUGGAGCCUGCGGGCGCUGGAUGGUCACCCUCGCGCUCUGUGCAUCUUUCCUGGGCUUGGGGAUGAGUAUCUCUGUUCUUGGCCCCACGUUCGAGGACCUGGCUGUGAAUGUGAAUAAGAACAUCAGCAACAUUUCUUACAUCUUUGUCGGCCGCUCUGCGGGCUACAUCGGCGGAUCCCUCUUAGGAGGCAUUCUCUUCGACUGCAUGAACCCACAUCUCCUGCUAGGGUUUUCUAUGCUGGUCACAUCAGUUGGAAUGUGUGCUAUCCCUUUCUGUACGCACGCUCUGCUCCUCACUGGGCUCAUGUCCAGCAUUGGGAUGUCUAUGGGUAUUCUGGAUACAGGUGGUAACGUCCUCAUCCUGAACACAUGGGGCGAGCAGGCGGGCCCUCACAUGCAGGCUCUGCACUUCAGCUUCGCGGCCGGGGCCUUUGUGUCUCCCAUCAUAGCCAAGCUGCUGUUUGGGACUGACGUCAUCAACAGCACAUCGACCAACUCUUCACUUCCUGUCACCACAGAGCCGGUCCCCAAAGCCCCCGACGCACACACGUUCAUCCACUACAUCCACAGCAGGAGCAGCACCCUCAAAUCCAUGUGGGCCUACAUCGUCAUCGGCUCCUUCGUCUUUCUCAUCUCCUUCCUCUUCUUCAUCCUCUACUCCCGCAGGGGCUCUUCACGUGACAAAGCCCGCACGUCGUCGGGAAAGCCCCUGGUGGCCAAACAUCACAUAGCUCUCACUGUCCUGCUCUUCUUCUUCUUCUUUGCCUACGUAGGUGCGGAGGUAGCAUACGGCUCCUUCAUCUUCACCUUCGCCAAGGACUACGCCCACAUGCCUCAGUCCCAGUCAGCUGGGCUGAACUCGUUGUUUUGGGGGACGUUUGCGGCGUGCAGGGGGCUGGCCAUCUUCUUUGCGGCGUGCAUGUACCCGGGCACCAUGAUUCUGCUCAGCCUGGUGGGCUCCACGGUGUCCUCUCUGCUUCUCUGCCUCUUCAGCAAGGAGAGAGUGGCUCUGUGGCUUUGCACCGGUCUGUACGGCGCCUCCAUGGCCACCACCUUCCCCAGCGGCAUCUCCUGGGUGGAGCAGUACACCACAGUGACAGCCCACAUGGCGGCAACCUUCGUGGUGGGGGCGGCACUGGGCGAGAUGGUGCUUCCCGCUCUUGUAGGCUUCCUGCUGGGGAAGUUCCACGACCAGCCUCUGCUCAUGUACCUGUCGCUCAUCACUGCCACCUUCACCUCCAUCCUCUUCCCGGUCAUGUACAAGCUGGCCUCGGCCCCCAGCAGCCAGAGCAGGAAACCCCGCGUCAGGGGCCGGCCUGACGCCGACGACAGCGAGUACCGCCAGGCGCUGCUGGACUCAGGAGCCAACGACGAGGAGGAGGAAGAGGAGGAGCAGGACAACGAGGCUGACCAGUGGAACGACGCAGACUUUGAGGUGAUUGAAAUGGACGACACGGCAAGUCUCAUCAGCUCACCCAGCAAGGCCUCCUCUCCUCCUGACGUCACCGGUCUGACAGGGAGCUCUGCUGCCUCUAACCACCUGGUGACAGAGUCCACGGGUGGAGCUUCUUUUUCAGACACCAUCUCCCUGGUAGGAGACUCCCCUAGACGCAAACUGCUGCUCUCUCUGGACAGAGAGAAGAGAGACUGAACCCUCCGCCUGUGACUCCUAAGUGCUGUUGAUCUCUCACUGAACACUAGAAGAGCCAUGCCUUCACACGUCUGUGCUCAUUUGUCGUCCAGAAGCUUAAAAACUCAGAUAUUUAUGAACAGCUGAUUUACUGUGCAGUGAAUGCAACACUACUGACCGAAACCUGUGCAGCUUAUAAACUAUCCAUAGUGUGGUGACUCAGAGACUCAGAGUUUGGGGUUUUGCACAGUCAUCAGUGUCUUUGGAAGCUUUUGGACCUCUCCUGGAUGAUGAAGGGUACCGCCAUGCUUCAAACGGUUUUAAAUAGUACAUCAUUGGUCCAUGGGCUGGUAGGAUUCAGUGCCUUGCUCGAGGACACAUGAGCAGAGUAGAUGAGACAAACCAGGGACAGUCACACUCUUCAUCAGGCCGCCCUGCUGCCAAAAACAUGUUUAAAAAAUGUACAUUAAUUUUGCACUAUUGCAGUGACUUUAUCAACGGCAGGAAAUGUGUGAUAAGUUGUACGAUUUGAAUGAAGUUUUUGUUGCACUUUUGUAAAGAAGAGAUUUGAUUUGUUGUUUGUUAUGUACUGUGACGUGUCGUGGCUCGUGGAUCUCUCAAUCACACGUGUUGUCACUGUGAUUCAUUUGAAUCUUUUUUUAAAACAGAAUCAUCGACAGAAGGCAUUUUAAUACAUUGACUUUUUAUUAUAUCAAUCUCAAACCUCCACCCACAGCAAUGUCCAUUAAAAAGAAACAAAAAAACACCUCCUUCAUUAUUAUUUUAUACAUUUAUACAAAUACACAGAUCCUGUGUACGGCUGGAUGGGGAAUUGAAGAUUGGAUCUUGACGUGGUUUGAUGACAGAGUUUGUUUUUUUUUGCACAGUACACAAAACCAUAUAUGCACAAGGAAACAAUAAACUCUUCAUGACAUAAAUUAUCAAAAUACAGUAUUGCAACAGUCCCAGAUUUUUAGAAAAACUGAAAAGAGUUUCCAGUUGCCGCACUCUGUAGAGUGUGAAGUGUCAAAUCUGUCAAAAUGAACAUCGAUACAAUCAAGGUUAAAAGAAACAUGAAA